AACAAUAACAACAACAGCAGCAACAAUAAUAACAACAACAACAACAACAGCAGCGAGCAGCCAAAAAACGAGAAAGUUGCCCUCCACGCACCAACACUAACAACAACGUCGUGGACGACCCUGUUUCCUAUGCAUCCAUGUGUGGUUACGGGGCCCUAUCAGGAGGGCAAUAGCAGUCCAACAUCGUCCACGAAUGGCAACGCCAAUGGCAACAGCACUGGCAACACCAACAGCAACAGCAACAGCAAUCCCAAUGGUCCCAUGGCCCCACAGCAGCAACAGCAACAGCAGCAGCAACAGUUGCAGCAGCAAAUGCAGCAGCAGCAGCAGCCGCCCAUAGUGGGCGUGCCCACGCAACAGGUCUGAGCAAUCGCUUGGCCAGCCAUUAUUACUACUGGUAGUAGUUGCCAACAACGCUCCAUUGCUGUUUAGCUCUAAGCUUAAGCCACCAACCGAAAAAAUAUGAAAAACGACUGAAACAAAUAUUCUCACAAAACAAAUUAUUUUUGUAAAACGCGUCCUGAUUUCGUGUGCCAUAAGCAGCAAGCAAGGAGAGGAGAGCAGGAGGCGGGUCAGUAAAGAGAAGCCAAUCACACACACACACACACACACAUACAACCAAAACUCCACUACAAACACACACACUCACAUAUAUGCCUAGUUUAUACAGUGAAGAAAAAUGCAGCUAGAUAUACAUACAUUAAAAAAAAGAAAAGUAAAAAAAAAUCACAUAACUUUAGUUACUUAAGUGCAGCUAUAUUGUUGGCAAAUUUCUGUUAAAUGAGUUAAUUAUACAUACAAAUAUUAUUUUGCAUAAUUCUUUUUGUUAAGCAGCAAACCGCAAAAAAACACACUACAAAAACAAACUACAGAACAAAACAAACAAAAAAUACUACAAAACAAAAGAAUGCAUCACUAAAUGCAAAAUCAACCUAAAUAAUAAACAAAAUAAAUGCUAAAGAAUGUUUUUGCUUCAGUAAAAUAAACAAUGUUAAGAAAAAAAAAACGAAAAGUAAGAAAAGAAAACAAAACAAGAAACUGUUAGUGGACGGAUACUCGUAAAAGAUCAUUGCCAAAAGUACAAAUAAACCAAUUUUUUAAAAAACCAAAAAGCAAACUAGAAACAAAACGAACGUAAAGAAUUUCGCAAACAAAUCAUAGAAAAAACAAAUAGUUGGUAACAAGUUUUUACUGCUACACUAAAACGAAAACAAAAACUCAAACUCAAACUCACAUGUAACAAUAUUUUCAACACGUUUUUCAACUUUUAUGAAUUACUUUUCACAAUUUGACUCUCGCUUGUCGCUGUUGCAUACUUUUCAGCGCCAAGCGAAUUCAAAUUGCACGUGAGUAAAUGCCGUUGGGUCUCUUUCGUGCUUUCGUGUUGCCAUUCGCAAUGCACGACACGAAAGAGAGCGAAGAUGGCAUUUCGGACAUUUAUCAUUUACCGUUGACUGCAACUCACACACAACUCACACAUAUAGACAGCACACAGACAAACACAAGAGCGUAAGAAAGGCAAAAAAAAAGAAUAUGAAGGAGAAGAAACAACAAAAUACAUUUGAAUUUGCAUACUCAGAUUUAAGUAUGCAGAAAAGUAUUUCGUGCGUCAGGCAAAUUGAGCACAGCGAUUAUGAAAGAAGAAAGUGAGCAAGAAUUUUUAGCUAAGCAUACGUAAACAAAAAAGCACAUAAAUAAGCAUAAAAAAAAAGCAUAAACAGAUAGAAAUGUAUGAAACGAUAGUGGAACAAUUGAAAAGCGAGAAGAGAAAAGAAGAAGAGAAGAGUAGGCAGCGCGUAAUGCAUCAAGACAUUUUUUAAACAUUAUUCAUAAUUUAAACUAAGUUUAAGCAAAGAAACAAAACAAAACUACAAACACACACACACACAAGCAUACAUAAGUAUAUGGAAUAAAGAGAGCAACAUAUGAAGUUUUAUUUAUUUAUGCGCGCCCUUUUAUUUUAAUUAUGAAAUGUGCUGUAAAUGUUAAAGCAAAUUAAAAACUAUAACUAAAAUCCCCAAAAACAUACAAAAAAAAAACAAAAAAAAGACUCGAAACCAAGCAAGUAUUAAGUACACAACAACAACAAACAAACAAACAAAAAAUCAACUAUAAAUUAACUAAAGAAAACAACAUUUUGCUUUUUCAUUUCACGCAUGAAUUUGCAUCCAUCCAAAAAUAAAAAAAAUGAAAAUACGCAAAAGAAAAAGAAAACAAAAUGGCAGCGCAACUGAAUUUCAAAUCAAAUUAGUCUAAAG